AUGUUGUAUUUACAAUUUCUUUUGAUUGUAGCUUCGUUAUUCAAUUUUAUAAUUGUUUACUCUCAAGAAGAAAAUGGUGAUGAUGAUCUUCAAUAUGUAGAUCAAAAAACUGUUCCAUUUAUUUUAUUUUCUCAUAAAUUAAUACCAGGCGUACAGCAAUAUCAAGAAGAUUAUGAUUCAAUACUGACUUUCCACAAUGAUGAAUUGACCUCCAUAGUACAAGACAUAACGUCGCAUUGUAGCUCCGAUGCUUAUAUUUUGAUCAAUGUUCCAGGUCUUACGAAGUCCGAUUUCUUAUAUUCAAAAAAUAGUUUUAAUUCAUUGAAAAGAUAUAUUUUCCAAAGUUCAACAACUUUGAAGUUCGAGAAGACUCAAAUAUUGGGUGAGAAUUAUUACGAUAAAUUGACAUUUUUCAUUAAAGAUAAAUGUAGAAUAAAAGAUCAAAUGAUCAUCAAUAUAAGAGGUAAUAAUACUGAUAAUUUCCAACCUUACAUAGAUUCUAAUAAACGUAUUAUUAAAAUAAAUUAUCCAGAAUUACCUACAUUGGCCAACUCAAAUGAUCGUACAAAAUCAUUAGAAGAUUAUGAUAAAUUCUUAAGAUUGGUUCUGGCUCAAAUUCCUUCACCAGAACAUACUGUUAUAAUAACUUCAUUAAAUCCUUCUAAAGAGGGGGUUCAUGACGAUAUUACACCAAUUGAGAUUUUCCCUGAAAUCUUUGAUAAUAAAUUAAAAUUUAGAGAAUCAGAACAAAAUAAUAGAAUUUUAGAUGUACCACCAGAAUUUAAUGAAUAUCGUCCAAGAUUUGAUCAAAUAGAAUCGAAUGAAAAAUUUUUAUCAAUUUUUGAUUACGAUUUCAUUGAUCAAAAUAAACAAUUGAUUAUUUCCAUUGUAAUUGCAUUUUUAUUGUUUAUAAUUUUCCAAAUUUUUUUAUUUAUUAAACCAUCGUCGCCAACUAAAGAUAAAGUUAAAAUAAAAAAAAAAACAACUGCAUUACAAGAAAAGAAGUUGAAAUAG